AUGUUCAACAUUAUCCGAGCGGUUUCAAAUAGUCGUGAACCAAAAAUCGAGUCUUGGGUGUACCUGGCCUGUAUUACACUACCUAUUUCACUAAUCGCGUUUUUGCUGGUUAAGACGAUCUACAAUGUGUAUUUCCACCCACUUCGCUCAUACCCAGGGCCAUGGCUUUCCAAAGCAACUCGAUUGCACUAUAUAUAUCAUCAAUUGACUGGUGACCUCCCUUACCAAACUAAAUUGUGGCAUGACACGUACGGCGAGGUUGUUCGAAUCGCGCCGGAUGAGCUGUCCUAUAAUUCUAGUAGAGCGUAUCAGGACAUUCAUGGUGAAGUAUCACCGAAAGCUGCCAUUCUUUGUUCAGUAUUAAUGGGUUGUACUUUUGCAGUGUGGAGGUCCAAAGACAUGAAAAGCGGACUUGAAAAGGACAAAACGUGGUAUUCGCAAUCAAUAAAUUCAGUUCCAGUGAUUGUUACCGCAGAAAAUAAAGAUCAUGGUCGACUACGAGGAAUUCUCGCACAUGCAUUUUCGGACCGAGCCCUUUCUCGUCAAGAACCGCUUAUCACGUCUUAUAUUGAUAUUUUAAUCAAUAGAUUGAAAGACGAGGCUACGCGACCCGAAGUCGACCUUCUCCCUUGGUUCACUAGCACUGCUAUGGACGUUAUUCUCGACCUAUCCUUUGGUCGAUCGCUGAAUUGUCUUGAAAAUACGACGGGGGACAAGUUGCAUCCAUGGGUAAAUCUAGUCAGCGGUCAUGUAAAGGAGGGCCUUUACAUUCAAGCUUUGCGUAGACUACCUGCGUGGCUAUCACGGAACAUUUUCGUCAAUCUUUCGCUUGCCUUAAUCGUUGGCCAAUGGAAAAAGCAAUUUGAAGUGACAACAGAUAUGGCACGGAAGCGAAUCGCAGCAGGAACAGGCCGCGAAGACUUCGUAUCACAUCUGCUUCGUGAGAACACGGAGAAGGAUGGAAUGACAAUUCCUGAACUAGAGAUAUCCUCGUCAAUUUUUAUGACAGCCGGAAGUGACACAAAUGCGACACUUAUCCUCGGUUGCACAUACUACAUUCUCCGUGACCGUAAACUCUGGGGAAAGCUGUGUCACGAAAUUAGAGACAAUUUCACUAAGGAAUCCGAGAUCACAUUUACUGCAUUACAGAAACUGCCCCUCCUAAAUGCCGUAAUCGAAGAAGCCCUUCGUCUUUAUGUUGUUGUUCCCAGCACCUUUCCUCGUCGGACUCCAGUUGGAGGCGCCACAAUCUUAGGAAAAUAUGUACCCGCUAAUUAUGCAGUAGGCAUAAAUGGAUAUGCUGCAUCACUCUGUGAGGCCAAUUUUACCCGGCCGUCAGAGUUUUGUCCGGAGCGCUGGUUAGGCGAUAUUCAGUUUGCUCAUGAUGACAAAAAAGCACAUCAGCCUUUUUCCACCGGUCCUAGAAAUUGUCUAGGAAAGAACAUGGCCUAUGCAUUUGCAAGAUGUAUGUUUAUGUCGCAUAUUGAGUGA